GUUUUUUUUAUGAAGUUCUGAUAUUGAGAUAUGAGUUUCUUCCAUUUUGCAACAGCUUAAAGCAUGUGUCUGGCUUCAUUGAGAGAGCAAGGAGCUGAAAGGAAACAUUUCAUUGGGAUGAAUCAAUUUAGGUAAUGGAGACUUUAAUGAUGGAUCACAUUAUGGGAGGGAAGAAUUCUCGAGAAGGGAGCCACACCCAUAUGAGCAAUCAUCAUGGCAACCUCCUAAACCAAGCUACCAUGAUUGUAACCCCUCCUAUAAUGCAUAUCAUUCCCAUGGAUAUGAUGGUUCUUAUCAUGAUUAUGCCACUCAACCACCAUCAUUCCAUGCACCAUACUCUCAACAUAGUCCUCAACCACCAUACUCUCAGUCCACAUCCUAUUUCCACCAAUUACCUCCACACAAUCCAAAUUCAUAUCCUCCUUAUGCACACCUUUGUGACUAUUAUGAACGAGCACCCGUUGAACCACCACUAUUCCAACACCAUUACCCCCACAAUCCUAUUGAACCACCACCUCCCAUACAUGAGAACUUCCAACCACAUGAAGAACUCUCCUUCCUACCACAACCCUCCAUGGAAGAAUACUCAUAUCCAUCAAUCCAAGAGCAACAUGAUCCUAAUUAUGUCAACCAAGCGGAACAAAGGCCAUGGGAUCGUCUCAAGGAAUUAACGGAUCGGCUUCAAGUAAUCAUACUUCAAAGGGAGUAAGAGAAAGCCCAAAAGAUGCACGAAGCUAAUGAGGCUAACCUUGCCAAAACUAAAGCUAACUUGGACUCAUGGGAUUCAUGCCACAACCAAAGCAUUUCCACGGAUGAAUGUGGAAAAUCAAUCGAAAAGCGGAGCAUGAAGGAGAUUCUAGAAUCUCAACUUGAGAACAAAGAGACAGAGUAUUUUUUGCAACAAGUGGAGGAAGUAGAAACUCUUGAAGAUGAAGAAAUAGUUGAAGAUUUAGGGGAGGUUGAGCAAGAGGCAAGUUCCAUCAUUGAAGACAACUCUACACCAAGUGACAUUGGUGACCUUGUUGAAACUUCUUCUAUUGGAUGUGAAAUUGAUGUUGAAGUGGACUUCACACAACCUCCAAAAUUUGAUGUGAUUGCUGAUGAAGAAGACUUGGAGGAGGUUAAUGGAGAAAAGCUACAAAGUAUUGAAGUGGACUUCACACAACCUCUAAAAUUUGGUUUGAUUGAUGAUGAGGAAGAGUUGGAAGAAGUUGACAAAUAAGUAAAAGUUGAAGAAAGUUGUCAAGAGAUAGAAGACAUCAAGGAGGAGUCAAAAGGAGUGAAGCUCACAUUGUGAAAAUCAUUGGAUACCCUCCUUGCUAAGUCACCAUCCAAGUUACAAAUUGAGUGGGUAAUCAUCUCAUCCUUUAAUUUCCUUGGCCCAUAUCAAUAUGCUUUGUUAGAAAUGGAUGGUUAACUUAGAGCUAUUUGUGGGCUAGAAAGUAGAAAAGAGUUGGAUGUUGGUUGGCAACAAGAAUCAAGGUGCAUAGUGAAUGAAAACUCAAACUUUGGGAUUCAUAUGUGGAGUGAAGCUCAAUUCAAUGGAGUUAAGAUGAGGAUUAGGAGUCAUCAGGAGAAUUCAAGAAGUUUGUCACCCAAUUGGAAGCAUGUAGAUCAAAAGGAAGGGGUGUUGACAAACAAAGCAUAGGACCACGGAAUACACAUCAACAGUCAUCAAUCUUGGGGCCUUACUACUUACUUGAAAGUUCUUAGAAGAGUGGGGCACAUAAUUUGGGAUCCCGAAGGCUGUUGAAAAUGCAAAAAUUGGUGGGAAUUCAAGGAAGAGUUCAAGCAUAAGCCACCAUAGGAAGGACCCCAUCAAUUGUCCAACUUAAGGACUUUAAAUAAAAGUGGCUGGCCACCGAGAGGGAAAGGAAAAGCUUCUAAAUGGGGUAACAAGCAAGUCCCUCCGCACAAUCUUUUGAAGGAGUUCAUCAGUUGUAGCAACCCAUCCACCUUGCUCUUCUUUGCAUGCAUCGAGGACGGUGCAAUCUUUAAGUGUGGGGAGGUCGAGGACCAACCUCCGUGGACUUUCAAGGCAAGUUAUGCAACUAUUCUUAUAUUGUAGCUGUUGAGGUAUUGGGAUACUUUUAAUUUCCGCAAGGAAAUCUUCCUUUUGGUCAUUAUGCAUGUCUGGCCCUGUGGCCAUAGUUGCUGAUCAUUUGGAUGGAGGCGCACUUUCUUGUGCUGACAGAACCAAAUCUCUUGAUGCCAUUUACGAAUCGGAUCACUUAUCUAUAUGGACGAAUGGUGAAGCUGAUCAUUCCUCUGAAAUCGUUGGGUUUCGAGUUGGAGAACUCUUGCUUCCUAAUGGAGAAACAUAUUGUGGUUCACUUCUUGGCAAUAUGCCCGAGGGCCAUGGUGUGUAUGUCUGGUCCGAUGGAUGCGUCUACAAGGGCGAAUGGAGACGGGGGAUGAGAAAUGGUAUUGGGAAAAUUAGAUGGCCUUCUGGAGCAGUGUAUGAGGGUGAAUUCUCUGGCGGAUAUGUCCAUGGUACCGGAACAUAUAUUGGUUCGGAUAAGUUGACCUAUAAAGGGCGGUGGAGACUGAAUCUUAAGCACGGUCUUGGUUACCAAGUUUAUCCGGAUGGAGAUAUCUUUGAAGGCUCUUGGAUAAGAGGUACACCAGAGGGGCCUGGGAAGUAUACAUGGGCAAAUGGGAAUGUAUAUUUGGGGAAUAUGAAAGGCGGGACCAUGUCGGGGAAAGGAACUCUAACAUGGAUAACCGGGGAUUCAUUUGAAGGAAAUUGGUUGAAUGGCAUGAUGCAUGGGUUUGGAGUAUACACUUGGAGUGAUGGAGGCUGCUAUGUUGGGACUUGGUCACUCGGUCUAAAAGAUGGUAAAGGAACUUUUUAUCCUAAAGGCAGCGGUCUUCCAUCCGUUCAAGAAAUCUACCUCAAAGCUUUGCGAAAAAGAGGGCUUUUGCCGGAUUUGAGAAAGCAGAGCCAGGUUGGAGAUGUCAAGCUUCGUGAGAAUCAGAGAUCCAGUCGUGUUUCGUCUCAUAAACUUGCAAAGGGAAACCUGUUAAAUCUGGACCAGUCUAGUAGAACAAAUGUUUCUCUUGAAAGGCGUUGGAGUCUUGAGGUAUCAAUUGAGAAAGUGAUUGGACAUGAUUCUGCAUUCGACAUAACAGACUCUUUACCAGAAAGUGGAAAUAAAGAGAUUAUUUCGAAGAUCCCAAUCUUGGAACGAGAGUACAUGCAAGGCGUAUUAAUAAGUGAAGUAGUGUUGAAUGAUAUGUUUACAUCCAUGUCUAGAAGGGCUAGGCGUCGACAAAGAAAGCUUGCAAGAGAGAUAAAAAGACCUGGUGAAGCAAUCAUCAAAGGUCACAGGAGUUAUGAUCUGAUGCUCAGUUUGCAACUUGGAAUAAGGUAUACUGUGGGCAAGAUUACGCCUGUAAAGAGUAGAGAAGUGCGAGCGUCGGAUUUUGGUAGCAAAGCAAGCUUUUGGAUGAAUUUUCCAAAAGAAGGUUCUCAAUUAACCCCUCCGCAUCAGUCAGAUGAUUUUAGAUGGAAAGAUUACUGCCCAAUGGUGUUUAGAAAUUUAAGAGAGUUGUUCAAGAUUGAUGCUGCUGAUUACAUGAUGUCUAUCUGUGGAAAUGAUGCUCUGAGGGAACUAUCUUCUCCGGGGAAAAGUGGUAGUGUCUUUUUCCUAUCUCAGGAUGAUCGUUUCAUGAUCAAGACGCUGCGGAGAUCUGAAGUCAAGGUUCUUCUGAGAAUGCUUCCAGACUAUCAUCAUCAUGUGAAGUCAUAUGAAAAUACACUCAUUACAAAAUUUUUUGGCCUGCACAGAAUUAAACCUUCAAGUGGUCAAAAGUUUCGCUUUGUUGUAAUGGGAAAUAUGUUCUGCACAGAAUUAAGGAUUCAUAGGAGAUUUGAUUUGAAAGGUUCUUCCCUUGGACGGUCAUCAGACAAGAUAGAAAUUGAUGAGAAUACCACUCUUAAAGAUUUAGAUUUGAACUACUGCUUCUACUUGGAACCAUCUUGGAGGGAGUCUUUACUAAAGCAGAUUGAAAUAGACAGCAGGUUUUUGGAAGCACAGCACAUUAUGGAUUACAGCCUCCUUCUAGGGGUUCAUUAUCGAGCUCCCGAGCAGCUGCGCCCACUCACGUCAUACAGCCACCGGAUGAGUGUGGAUGGAUUGGCAAUGCUUGCGGAGGAAGACCCUCUGGAGGACGAAGUAUAUAACUAUCCACAAGGCCUUGUUCUUGUUCCUCGAGGAUCAGAUGAUGACAGCGUCGUUGUAGGCUCGCACAUUAGAGGUAGCAGGUUAAGAGCUUCAUCUGCUAAUGAUGAGGAGGUAGAUCUUCUUCUACCUGGUACAGCAAGGCUCCAAAUCCAGCUUGGUGUGAACAUGCCCUCGAGGGCAGAGCAGAUUCCAGGAAAACAGGACAAACAAAUGUUCCAUGAGGUAUAUGACGUUGUAGUGUACCUCGGUAUCAUCGACAUACUGCAAGACUACAACAUGACUAAGAAGAUUGAACAUGCCUAUAAAUCUCUCCAGUUUGAUUCAUUGUCUAUCUCGGCCGUCGACCCUACAUUCUACUCGCGUCGCUUCCUGGAAUUUAUUCAGAAAGUGUUCCCGCAAAACUCGGUUUCAGGUUAAAAGCUUUUGAGAUUAAACUCAAAUUCAGAAGUGCGAACAUUAUCACCCUUUAUACAGUAGGUGGCAAGUAAGUGUCAUCAUAAUCUGGUAUUGUAAUCUGUAUAUGAUCUAAGGUAGACUACGUCAAAUCAUUGCUUUUUUGGAUGUUUAAUCAUUAUAGGUGGGUGAUAUGAAGUUCGAGAAAUGUGGGAGGACCAUUAAAAUAUAUAGUUUUUGGUCAUCAGUUUAAAAAUAUAUUGUUGAAUUACUAGACUAAAGAAAUUGAAUUGAUGAUUAAAAGUGGCCAAAAUUAACAAAUUCUUA